AUGGGUAAAACCGAGGAUGAUGCGAACCUCCGCACCGGCGACGAAGCUGUCGGCGAUUCGACGGAGAGGAAUACUCGGUGUGGCUGUUACCGAUGGAUCUCAGGCUUCGUUGGCUGCAAAUGUCUCUUCGUUCUGCUUCUCUCUGUCUCCUUGUUUCUCUCGGCUUUGUUUUUGCUGCUUCCGUUCCCCAUGGAUCGUGACGAUUCGAAUCUCGACCCCAGAUUUAGAGGUCAUGCUAUAGUAGCCAGUUUUAGCAUCAAUAGACCGGUUUCUUUUCUUAAUGAAAAUAUCGUGCAGCUCAAGAGUGACAUCUUUCAAGAGAUGAGCUACAUUUCCAUCGACGUAAUUAUCUUGGCUUUAGAACCGUCAGAUGGGUUGAACACAACAAAGGUUGUGUUUGGAAUUGACCAUGAUGCGGGAUACCGAGAAAUCUUACCUCUGUCCUUGAGUACUAUCAAAGAGAUGUUCGAAUCGGUGCUGAUUAAUCAAUCCACUCUCCAGCUUACGAAAUCGUUAUUUGGGGAAACCUUCCUGUUCGAAGUGCUAAAGUUUCCAGGAGGAAUCACUGUGAUUCCACCGCAAAGUGCUUUCCCUCUGCAGAAGUUCAAGAUUGUUUUCAACUUUACUCUAAACUACUCUAUUCAUCAGAUACAGCUAAACUUCAAUACACUUGCCAGUCAACUAAAGAAUGGCCUGAAUCUCGCACCAUACGAGAAUUUGUAUGUAAGCUUAUCAAACUCAGAGGGAUCAACCGUGUCUCCCCCUACAACUGUUCACUCAUCAGUUUUGCUGAGAGUCGGGACUUCAAAUCCAAGCCCAAGGUUGAAACAACUGAGUGAUACCAUCACUGGUUCACGCUCGAAAAACCUCGGCCUGAAUAAUACCAUAUUUGGCAAGGUCAAGCAAGUUCGUCUAUCGUCUUUUUUGACAAACAACAGUGAUAGUAGCACCAAAUCUCCAUCACCCUCACCUCUUCCCCAUUCCAACCACAACCACCAUCAUCAUCACCACCACCACCACCACCACCAUAACCAUCAUCACCACCACCACCACCACCACCAUCAUCUUAGCCCGAGUAUGGCUCCCAAGAUUCCACCAGUGGCACCUCCUGUUCCUCCGAGAAGCCCUAGAAGAUCUCCAUUAGCACCUCCACCCUGCAACUCAAGGAAUAAAAGAGGACAAAGAGUACAUUUCAAGGGAUUGUAUUUCUCAUCUACACCUUCUCCCGCUCCUUCUCCUUCUCCUGCAUCACAUCGUUCUCCUCGCUACUCUGCUCGGCCACCACAUCAUAAGCUGCACUCACCGGCCCCGAUUCCUGCAGCCAAGACUCGUAUAGUGCCAAUCUCUGCACCUCUACCACAUGUGGUGUUUGCCCAUGCAGCUGAACCACCCAAAACCAAAUCAAGUGAACCGCACUUCAACGAAGUUGCUAAUCCUCAACCGCAGUCCUCUUCAUCAACAAAAGCGGCGGGUUUGCCAUCUUUGGCAUGGAUUGUCCUACUCGUGUUGAUAGCGGCCAGGCUUGGUGAAUAA